GAGCGAAAUGUCAAAUAUUUAAUAAACAAAUGAAAAAUUCGCAAAAAGCGCGUGACGCUUUGACAGUCGGGAGCGACGCAUGCGCGCAGUUAGUCCGUGGUUUCUGUUCCGUGCUUCCAGUUCGCAGAUAUGUAGUUUGCUGUGUAGUUUUGUUUAGUUUAAUUAAAAAUGUCCACAUUAAUGUGGUCGUGCCCUUGUUGUUUGCGUUUCAAGUUCACGCCGGAAGAACUUGAGCAACGCUACAAGAGCCAGGAGAUCGACAAAAUGAUCGAGAAAGACAAACAGGCCAUGAAAAGACAAGUGAAGUUGUUGUUGCUAGGUGCUGGCGAGAGUGGCAAAUCAACGUUCCUCAAACAAAUGAGGAUCAUACACGGAAUCAACUUCGAGAGUCACUUGAUCAAAGAUUUUCAGCAGGUCAUCUACCAGAAUGUCAUUAAAGGCCUCAAAGUUUUGGUUGAUGCCAGAGACAAGUUGGGCAUACCCUGGGGGGACACCAGCAACACGGAACUCGGCAGGGAGUUUUUAGUGGUUGACAAUAAUUUUGACCAAAGACGUUUUAUCAAAUUGUGCCCCCUUGUGGCUCGCCUAUGGCAAGAUUCUGGCAUUCGAAGAGCCUACGACAGGAGGAGGGAGUUUCAACUGAGUGAUUCAGUGGAAUACUUCUUAAACAAUUUGGACAGGAUAUCAAAACCUGAGUACAUGCCUACGAAUAAGGACAUUUUGCACUGUCGAAAAGCCACAAAAGGUAUCACAGAGUUUGUGAUACCGAUAAACAACAUACCAUUCCUUUUUGUGGAUGUGGGAGGUCAAAGAUCGCAAAGACAAAAGUGGUUUCAAUGUUUCGAUUCCGUAACCUCGAUUUUGUUCCUCGUUUCGUCUUCUGAGUUCGAUCAAGUUUUGCUGGAGGACAGGAAGACCAAUCGUUUGGAGGAAUCGAGGGACAUAUUCGAUGCCAUCGUAAACAACAGGAUUUUCGAAAACGUUUCGAUAAUUCUGUUUUUGAAUAAGUAUGACUUGCUGGAGAAAAAGGUGGCCAACCCUGAAACCGACAUACGCUGGUACUUUCCGCAGUUUACAGGAAACUCGCAUUCAAUGAAAGACGUGCAGGAAUUUAUUUUGGCCAUGUUCACUGGGGUGGCGCGAAACUCGAAAAAGGGGCUGUACCACCACUUCACCACCGCCGUCGACACGGAAAACAUCAAAGUUGUGUUUAAUUCCGUCAAAGAUACCAUCCUGAUAAGAAACCUACAAACUCUUAUGUUGCAGUGAGUUUAGUGCUUCAAUAUACGUAACAAAAUAAGAGCCAUGGAGGUUAAGUUUGAUUUUUGACAGAAAAAAGUCAUUUUUGACAGCUGUCAAAUGUAUAACCUACAAAUGAUGGUUUGUCAAUUUUUAGGUUAUAUGAUGGUUUUUGAAGGUUAAAGACAAUGAUUCAACCUAAGAAAUUACUCAAGAAAUGUUAAAUUGUCAAAUAUAACAAUUUAAAAGAUUUUCAUGGAUUUACAAUUGAUUGCUGUCAAAAAAGUGCUUAUGUCAACUUUUGACAUACAAACCUUGUUUUCUGUCAAAAAUAGUAAGACUCCCUUUCUUUAUGGCUGCC